AUGACGAGAGGCCUUCACAGAUAUUUUUUUCUCUUUCUCCGUUUUCUUCAAAGCUUUCAGUCUUCUGUGGUUCAUCUUCUUCAAGCCGUGUGCCGCCACGAGCUGCCGUCGGAGCAAGCGUCAUCGGAGAGCAGAGUUGCUGGCCAGAUCGAAGAGGAAGCGGUAGGGUUGACCAUAUGGAGGCUGCCUGGCGGCGGAUUCGCCGUGGGUAGGUUCGCCGGUGAGAGCCACUUGCCGGUGGUGUACACGGAGAUGGAGAAUGGUGGGAAUUUGAGCGAAGGUUCUAGGAGAAUCUCUCUGUCAGUUGGAAGCGGGAGAGUGAGGGAAAGUCGAGGUGGAAUUGGCAGAAUGUUCCGGAAUUGGUUUGGGAGAAUUGGGGCUUUGACUACAAGUCGUAGCCUUUCAACUUCGCUCUUCAGUAGAAGAAGAAGUUCCACGAGAACCUGGGUUUUGGAAGAUUGAUUCGGAUGGAGUUGUAUUUUGAAAGCAAGUUUUCAAAUUUCAGUUUUCGAAUUGAGAUUCUUACUGUAAAUAGGCAUAGAAGUGGGUACUAUGUAGUUAGAAGAUGUCGUGCCGGGUUUUAUUCUUUCUCCAGAAUUCAUCACCGAAGGGGACUCCAGAGAAAGAUUGCUCUUGCUGCAUACCACACCAUUGGGGAAGAAGCCAUGCUAAAUUACUUGAUUUGUUUAAUGUUGAUAUGUAUUCGUCGCAUAUUCUUUGUAAGCAUUGUUUUUAGUUAAAUUUGGUAUGUUGAUGAUGUGGGUAU